AUGUCAGAGACGGAGGCUGUCACGACCGAAGGGCUCCGAAUUCGGGGCCAAGUCUCAUAUGAUCUCUUGCUCCCUGGAGUCAAGGGAGCGCUCAAGCUCUCUGGCCAGCACAGUAGAGACGAGAUGCACUCUGACGGACACUGGUGCGGCGAAGUGAAAACAAACGCAACGACCACCGCAGAGCAUGUCCUGCUGUGCCAGGCUCUCGGCAUCCAGCUCGACGCGGACCGAGAAGCGUUCAUCUCCUGGUUUCGUUCAACCCAGGGUACAGACGGCGGUUGGAGUAUCGCGCCAGGCCAGGGGGGUAAUAUCUCGGUGACAGUAGAAGCGUAUCUGGCCUUGAAGAUCCUGGGAGUCUCGGAGGAUGAUGCGGCAAUGCGCAGCGCACGAGACUUUGCUAUCUCAGCAGGUGGUGUCGCAAGGGUCCGCAUCUUUACCCGCAUAUACCUCGCCAUGUUCGGCUUAUUCCCUUGGGCCGCUGUACCAGAAUUGCCCCCGGAGUUGAUCCUGCUGCCUUCAAGGGUACCGGUCAAUAUGUAUCACUGGUCAGCUUGGGCGCGGGCCACUGUGGUGCCUCAUCUUAUUAUCUCGCACCAUCGCCCAAUCUACGCUCUUCCAGAUGGAAAGUCAGCCUCUAGCAAUUACCUAGACGAGCUGUGGUGCGACCCGGGGAAUAAAAUGGUACCAUACAAUCAUGACCCGACGGCGUGGAGGUCGGACCCAUUUACAAUUUUCUUCACUUUAGCCGACUCGAUUCUGCACAGUCUGAACGGAUUGAGAUCAUUGAAUCCCCUUCGCCGCUUUGCUCUUCGGAAGUGCGUUGACUGGAUUCUGGAGCAUCAGGAGGGUACGGGAGACAUUGGAGACAUUAUGCCGGCGCUACACGGAGCUAUGCUUGCCCUGAGUCUUGAAGGAUAUCCGGUGAACUCAGACCCGAUCCGCCGAGGCCUGGAAGCCAUUGAACGCUUCGCACAUCAUGACAAACAGGGGAAAAGAAUUCAAACCACCGUCUCGGCAUUCUGGGACACUAGCUUAAUGCUUAUAGCUCUCGGCGACGCAGGCAUGGCGUCCAGCCCGUGGCUCACAAGGUCUUUGGGCUGGAUACAGCAACAUCAGAGAUUGGGCAACUAUGGGGACUGGAAGGUAAACAACCUUGCACUAAAGGCCGGCGGGUUCGGUUUCGGGUAUUUCAAUACUUGGUACCCUGAUGCGGAUGAUACAGCCUCCGCGGUCCUGGCAAUGAUUCGGCAGGACGAGCGGCUGGUUUGCUCGGCCUCCGUUCUGGAUGCGCUAAAUUGGCUUCUUGGGAUGCAAAAUACGGACGGGGGCUGGGGUGCCUUUGAUCGGGACAAUAAUAACCUCUUUCUGAACAAGAUCCCGUUCAGCGACAUGGAAGCGUUGUGUGAUCCCUCCACUCCGGAUGUCACCGGCCACGUCCUGGAGGCUUUUGGAGUUUUCUUAGCAGUCAGUGCACGGCAACAAUCCCAGAAUAAAGCAAACGUCUUCACUGAUCGCAUUGUGUCGGCGUCUCAAAGAGCGAUAUGCUACUUGUCCGCCACACAGGAACCAUCUGGCACCUGGUACGGGCGAUGGGGCUGCAACUACAUCUACGGAACAAGUGCUGUACUCUGCGCAUUGGCGUAUUUUGACUCGAAGAACGACACAUUGACCAGCGCUAGGAGUGUAAAAGAUGCAGUCAACCAAGCAAUUCUAUGGCUGGAGACUGUUCAAAACCAAGACGGUGGCUGGGGUGAGACGGUCGAUUCCUAUAAAGAUCCUUCGCGAGCUGGGUCUGGCCCAUCGACGGCAUCACAGACGGCCUGGGGGAUUAUGGCUCUCCUCCCAUACUUGCCACCGUCCUCAGGGGUAAUCCAACGGGGGGUGGAGUACCUCUUGCGGACGCAGACAAAGACUGCUUCUCAGGGAGCUACCUGGCACGAGAAGGCUUAUACCGGUACUGGAUUUCCCAAGUACUUCUACAUGGGAUAUUCGUUCUACUCUCAUUACUUUCCCAUGAUGGCGCUUGGCCGUUACGCUUAUCCAUGCCCCGAGUGGCACGAGGAUUGGAGGCCGAAGAAAGAGUAA